UUUUUUAUGUUAAACUAUGGCAUUCACUUUGAUAAUGUUAUGUAAAAUUUGAUUGGAAAUGUACUAAGGAUGAAUAAUUCGACGAGCAAUUUGACGCAAGGAUUUUCCGAUGGACAAUAUGUUGUCCAUCGGGGAGCUGGAAACACGAUCACCAUGUGCUAUUUCGAAAAUAUAACGAACGACAAGGCAUUUUGGAAGAGUGAAAACUCUUUAAUAAGCUCUCUUCCUUAUUUUGUAAUACAGUUGAGCCUCAUGAUGCUCUGCAUUCGCCUUCUCUUCGUUAUCCUCAAGCCCCUCCGACAGCCACGUUUCUUGGCCGAAUUACUUAGUGCUGUUCUGGUGUUUCCCCUUGCCACGACGAACAUCGGGUUUUUCCAAAAGUAUAUCCAUCCGGCCAAGUCCACCAAGACUCUGGACACAAUGGGACAAUUAGGUCUGGUUUACUACAUGUUCCUGGUGGGCUUAGAGAUGGACUUAACCAUGCUCAAACAUGUGGAGAGGAAAGCUUUGUACAAUGCGGCCAUUACAACUCUGCUUCCUCUCACCAUGGGGAUCGGCCUCUUCUUCCUGCUUGUUCAUUACAAAACCGACACCAUCGUCGGUAUGGGCGGCGGUGUGUGGGCUCUUACUCUCACCGUCACCAGCUUCUCCGAUCUCGCCCGAAUCCUCUCCGACAUGAAGCUCCUACAUACUGAUAUAGGAAGGCUGGCGUUAUCUUCCGCCAUCAUCUGUGACCUUGUGGCAUGGGCUAUUCUGGUGUUGGCUAUAACUAUGGUUAACCAAAAGCUCUACUUCCUCAACGUGUUUGCCAUGAUUUUGUUUGUUUUCCUCUGCUGGUUCGUGGUACGUCCCAUCCUCGCAUGGAUUAUUCGCAUCAAUAACUCGUCCAACGGGGGCAUGGACUAUGAGCUCCUCAUCUACUUUAUACUAGGAGGGGUUGUCAUUUUUGGAUUAAUUACAGAUGCCUGUGGUUCUCAGUCUAUGAUUGGAGCAUUCAUGUUCGGGCUCAUUAUUCCUAAAGGGGAGCUGGGGAUGAGGUUAAUCGAAAAGCUUGAAGAUCUCGUCAUCGGGAUUUUGCUUCCAGCAUUUUACUGGACCAAUGGCCUCAAAAUUAACCUCGGCCAUUUGAACAAUGGUGUCAGCGUCUUUGUGGUGGCCGUAGUAAUCAUUUUGGGUUGCUCGGCCAAGGUCAUAAGUGCCUUUAUUUUUUCAGUUUUCCAUGGACUGUCUACUCGCGAAGGCCUCACUCUUGGAGUGCUUAUGAACACGAAAGGGGUUUUAGCAUUAAUCGUUAUGAAUGUGGGUCGAGAUCUAAAGGGUUUCGACGAACAAAUGUUUGGUAUGAUGACAAUUUCUUUGAUAUUGAUGACAAUAAUGGUGAAGCCCAUAGCAAUGGCUGCCACAAAAUCAACAAAACAUGUGAAGCAGUACAAACGCAGGACCAUUGAGAGAAGCAAACAAGAUGCAGAACUGCGAAUACUUACAUGCAUUCACUCGGUCAGCAACUUAUCAGGCAUAAUAAACCUUCUUGAAGUCUCAAAUCCUACAAAGCAGUCUCCAAUAUGCGUUUUUGCUCUGCAUUUGGUUCAACUCACCGCACGACGUGUUUCUGCCAUGCUUAUCGUUCAUGACGCGUAUCAUCGCACAGUCAAUUCCGGGCAAGAAAACCAAAGUCGGGAGGUGGAAGAGUCGGAGCACAUCAUUACCGCUUUCCAAAGCUACGAAAGUCGAUCAACAGCUGUGUCGGUUCAAGCACUAACAGUGGUGUCUCCGUACACUUCAAUGCAGGAAGAUGUUUGCAGACUAGCAGAGGAUAAGAGAGUGAACCUCAUUUUAGUCCCAUUUCAUAAACAACCGGACGUGUAUGGAAAACUGCAGGAUGAUGAGGAUGUUUCUCUAAGAGCAGUCAACCAAAAUCUUCUGGCCUCGGCACCUUGUUCCAUCGGAAUACUCAUCGAUCGAGGCCUGGGGGAGUCUCAAGUGCAGAACAACUAUGUGAUGCUCUUCAUUGGUGGGCCCGACAGCCGCGAGGCCCUAGCCUACGCGUGGAGGAUGGCGGGAACCACGGGUGUGAGGCUCACGGUCAUCCGGUUCCUUCCUGCAACAUGUCCCGAUGAAAACGCAGCAGAAGAAGAGAAAGAGAGAAAGCUGGACGACGAAUAUAUAAACGACUUCAGGUUCCGAACAAUGUACGAUCAGGCGAUAACGUUUGCAGAAAUGCAAGUGAAUUCAGGAAACGAGAUAGUGACAACAAUGAGAAGAAUGCAUGACGGGUACGACUUGUAUAUAGUGGGGAAGGGGCAAGGAGCAUUGCCCCAACUAACAUUGGGACUAUUAGAGUGGAGUGACUGUGAAGAGCUAGGAGCCUUAGGGGAUACAUUACUUUCAUCAGAUUUUGCAGAGAAUUCAUCCAUUCUUGUAAUUCAACAGCACUAUAUUCCUGGAGCUACUGAUGGACCGCUCAAGACCAAUGGUAGCCAUAAAUUUCACCAUCACAAGAACAUGAAUUGGUUAUCACCUACUCACCAUGCACCAGAUACUUUUAAAUCCCUUACGUAAACCUUAUCAGCAUCAAAUAUUUCUUUAUUUUUAUAUACUUAUAUCUCCAUCAUCAUUCAAUUCUGCUUACAAAUUCAUUGCCUGAUAAUCUUUUUCAAACGUACAUUUAAUGAAAUUACAUUAUCUAUUUUA